GCUUGAAUGCAGUGUCGGAAAAGCUGAUAUCGUAAUAUUAUUGCAUCAAAGUACAAUGAACCCGCCUCUCAGCAGUCAAGCACACUUACGCGUCACCUUUGACAACUCAAAAAUAGAGGGAUCAUAAUUAUGGGAGUGCUACUUAUACAAUAGUAGUUAUUGAACCAGGGCGACACGACGCCAGCACUCUCAGUAUGCCACCUGUCAAAUUUAUAGACAUAACAGACGGCUUGUGUCACGGCGCUACCUAGUGCCCGAUUAGCAAACUAAAAUAGUUGCCAAAUAUCUCUUGUGAUAUCACGCUCAAUUCUGGGGAGUGUUACUUCUUAAUAACUAUAUCUUGGAGGAUUCCCUGGUAAAUUGUAAACAAAAUCAUACGCUACUAUCCAAAUUGGACGAGUUUCCUGCCAAAAUGGACGAAUUUCCUGAUCCAGAAGAAGAAUAUGAAAUGUUACACGCUGACGAGCUGGAGGUGUUGAGGGAAAUGGAUGGUAAGAUUUUGAUGAAGAUGCAUCACUACAAGCAGCAUGUAUUCCACCAAGUAUCAAACGUAGUCUCAAAUUUAAGAGUCCUCCAGGAGUGAAAAUGGCGCCAAAGGAAAGUGCUUCUUCGCGUGACAGUUUAUCCGAGCUGACCUUACUGGAUGAAAGCCGAAAUGGGAACCGUAAUGCUCAGAAGAGGGUCGUGGACGAUCUGUUUGAGGAUGAUGUGGACCAGUUCUUGAAUGAAGAUAUAAUGGGAAAUAAAAAGAAAAGACAUAAACCGUUGGUUCCACAAGUGGGUGUAGGCAUUAGAGAUCCAACAUUUGAUCUCGCUGCCCAUGAAGCAGACCUUUCCUUGAUUGAACGGAUUACUGAGGUACGCAAAACUCUCUAUGUCAGUGAAUUCCUGGAGUCUGCACCGUUAACUACAGAUGUGAGGACAAAAAACACGGCAUGUAUUCAUCGAAGUCUGCCAGAAGGAGCAUUCCAGUCCAUCACAACAGAGAGUGGUGACCGUUUUUACCUGAAUAAAAUGGAAGAUGAGGAAUGGGAUAACCACAUUGCUUCCAUAGCUACUCACCAGAGGACAACAUGUUUAUUCAACACUCCAUUCUCUCUACUUCGAGACCAGGCAGAAAAAGAGCAAAUUAAGCAGGAUGCCAAACGAGCUGCACGCAUGCAAGAGGCUGAGGAUUCGGGGAUGGAGUCUGGUGUGGAGGAAGAUGAUACUAACAAGGAAGCACUGUGGGUGGAGAAGUUUAAGCCACAACACUACCUUGACUUGCUCAGUGAUGAAUCAACUAAUCGCACAGUACUUCAUUGGGUGAAACUUUGGGAUAAACUUGUGUUUGGUAUUGAUAAGAAACCUCGACAAAAAGAAGAGAAGAAAAAGGAUUUCCACAAAGGUAAGCCUUUUGUGAAGUUUCCUAAAAAACCAGGAACAGAACUUUUAGAUGAAUUGGAUGACCAAAAUCGGCCAAAGCAAAAGGUUAUUCUUCUGUGUGGACCACCAGGGUUAGGAAAGACCACUUUAGCUCACAUCAUUGCCCGUCAUUCUGGGUACAAUGUGGUUGAAAUGAAUGCCAGUGAUGACAGAUCAGUUGAUACAUUUAGAACUAACUUGGAAAACGCAACAUCUAUGAGAUCAGUUUUAGGACCAAAUCCACGACCUAACUGCUUGAUUAUAGAUGAGAUUGAUGGUGCUCCUGCUCCCUCUAUCAAUCUUCUAAUCAACAUGCUUAAUGGAAAGGACACUAGUGGGAAAGGAAAGAAGGGAAAACAGAAGAAGGAUACCCCAACAGCCUUGAAGAGGCCAGUUAUUUGUAUUUGUAAUGAACUUUAUACUCCAGCACUACGACCUCUUCGCCAAAUGUCUCUUGUCAUUCAGUUCCCGCCAACUCCGACUGCAAGGCUAGCACAAAGACUUCUUGAGAUUAGUAGGAAUCGCCAAUUAAAAGCUGACUUGACGGUCCUCAUGGCUCUCUGUGAUAAAACUGAGAAUGACAUUCGAUCCUGUCUUUCUGUCCUUCAGUUUGUCAGGAGCACAAAGGGUGAUCUCAAUCUGAGUGACAUUGAGGGUGCUGCGGUUGGACAGAAAGACUAUCAGCGCUCUUUGUUCACUGUGUGGCAUGACAUGUUUUCAAUACCCAGACCAAAAAAAAGGAGACGAGCAAAUCCUCACGAAGUCGAGCAUGACGAUGGGGUUCUCAUCUCCAUGCCAGAACUGACUGGAGAUCUUGAUAACUUUGGUGAGCAGACUAGUCUGGGAUUCCGCUUUCAGCGUAUACUUCGGACAACUCAGUCAUGUGGAGAGUACGAGAAACUUACUCAAGGAUGGUUUGAAAAUUACCCCAGCAUUAAAUUUAAAAACACCAACAUGGAGCCAGUUAAAAUGGGUCUUGAUUGGGCAGCCUUUACAGACUUGUUGCAAAAGGAGAUAAUGCACACUCAGUCAUGGACUUUGAUGGCCUUUCUACCUUAUGCCUGUGUGUCAUAUCACCUACUCUUCGCCAGCCACCAGUGGCCUAAAAUACAGUACCCGAAUCAGAUGUAUGAGACAAAUCAGAAAAUGAUAAAGAACAAGAACCUACAAGCAGCCAUGAUAAAUGAGAUGAGUCCCAUGACCCGGGUGUUUGUGGGAGCAAGUCCACUUGUGCAAGAUAUUCUUCCUUACCUCUUCCACAUCAUCCAGCCCAAUCUACGUCCAGUGAAUACUCAGUUAUAUAGUAAACAAGAAAAAGAGGAGAUGACUGGAUUGAUCAACACAAUGAUAAGUUACAACCUUACCUACACCCAAGAGAGGAACUUAGAAGGACAAUACUCCUUUGUUUUAGAUCCGAACAUGGAAGAAGUUGUCCACUUUCCGGAUAUUAAGCCAUCUAAACAGCUUUCUUAUGCUACUCGACAGCUUAUAUCCCGGGAAAUUGAAAUAGAGAAAGUGCGCAGAGCAGAGGCAUACUUUAUUAAUCAAAAACUGAAUGAAGAAGCCAGAUUUAAAGCCAAAGUUAAUGUUAAGGCUUCUUCAUCAGCCCUGCAGAAAAAGGACAAAGUAACAGAGAAAAGCUCCUCAGAGGUCAUCACACCUCCAAACAGUUCACUGCCAAAUCAUUUGCAAAAGAUAAAACCUAAACAUAUUGAAACUCUUGCUUUAGAGGAAAGCAGUAAGAUUGGAUCUGGAGAAGUUGUACAGGCCCCUCGAGACUUCUUUGGCAGAAUUAUAAAUCGGCCUGUGAAUCAACAGAUAAAUAAUCUAAAUAAUGAAAUCGUCAAGAGUGAUAUAUGGUUCCGUUUCAAGGAAGGUUAUAGUAAUGCAGUCAGAAAGCCUAUCAAGAUGAAGAAUUUGGUCUGAACAUAUCACAUACCGAAGAUUACCAACAUUUAAUUCUUAUGAUAUAUUUUCUGUAGUCUAUUGUUAUUAAUUUUCUGUAUACUAUUAUUGAAAACCUUCCUUUAUCCCUAACCCUUGAAACUCCUCCUUUUUUUACCUUACAUUAUUUCCACCCCCUUUAUCCAUAAUUUUACUCCCUCCCCUUCAAACUCCCCUUUUUAUGCAAAGCUCCCCAUUUCACCCCUACCCAUGAAAAAAAAAAAAAAUGUGUGUGUGUGUGUUACGACCUGCCUCGGUCGUACCAAAAUUUUAUCAAAUUACGUAUUUUCGAGUCAACGUCAGUGAU